CUCGUUUUGAUUAUAGGAUGUGGUCGUUUAGAAAUAUCUACCGUCAGAUUCCCAGACGGACUCAAUUUCGAUCUGUGUCGACGUUAGAGGGUCACCCUCAUAUCUAUGUAUUCCCAAGCAAUGGAACACAUGUCCUAUCUCUCCUGCCCACUGAACCGCCAAGCGCCGAUCUAGCCAUUGGUGUCACUUCGAAGCUUCCUCCCACCACAGACUCCUUCCGCGAGAACCCCAAGUUUCUAGAAACUCUACAAGAAGUCGUCGCUCAACAUGGACACGAAGAUCCGGACGCGAUUUCACAAGCCCAGGUGAUGGUAUCCACGUCUGGCGCUAAUAUCGCUUCGGGCGGCGUCCUUAUGCCUGGGUCGCAAACUCGACGACGCCGUGGUGGUGCUGACAUGACCAGUGGAGCCAGCGGUCAGGGGGGUGCCGGGUCUGCUGGGAGAGGGGGAUGGAUACAUAUAUCGGACAGCCGACGGCCACCGGAGUACGGAAGGAUUGCAUGGCCUGAGGACAUUUUUGGGAGUCUGGAGGUAGACGGCGAUGGAAAGUUUGUGGGUGGCACAGGAAAUUACCAAGCAAGCGGAACUUAUCGAAUCGUCACGCGAGACGGCAUUCUCGGUUUAAGCCCAUUCCUCAGGGAGAAACUUAUUCAGAAACUGCGCGAACAAGAAGCGCAAUGAGUACCAUCAGGGGCUCUAUCUGUGCAAAAUCAUGAAAUGUACCAUACAGCGCGCUGCUGGACAGUUGAUAAUCAUUCCGGAUUCUUAUCACAGACCGUAUCAUUUCGUU